ACAGCCAAUCAAUGUGUAAACUUGUCCUCAAUGAAUACAUCUAAACAAAUAUGCGUACACAACGUAAAAACAAGUAGGCUAUGAUUUUUGUCGAACCCGUUCAUGUGUAGCUGUAUGAGGGAGAAAAAAAAACCACUUUCAUUUUUCUGCUGGACGAACCGAUUAACCGAAGUCCAUGGGCGGACUGGAGCUCUGACGUCACAACACGAUUUCAGCACCCGAACAAAAGCCCAUAAUAACACGCGACAUUGUUCUGUGUAAUUGCGUGCCAUUCGUUUUUGGAUGCUGAAAAUCGGUAGUUUGCUUAAUAAAAACGUCAUUUUAUGCGGCACUUCGGAGCUCCAGUCGGCCCACACGAGUAGCAAAUCGUGGAGAUGAGUUUAGUCGGCUAGUGCUGGCCAGGAGAGGGGUACCUGCUAAAGCUCUCCAGCAGGAGUGGAGCAGACGGCUCGGUUUAUUCUAAAAGUAGUGCCUCAUUAUAAUACGGCAGGUUGAAAGUCCACCUAAGUAUUUUUAAAAUUCUAAUACGCAUUAUCAUAUUCUAUUCCAGUAAAGAAUAUGCAUUUUUCCCAGGUAGACUUCAGGUAAACAAGUUGGAAAGUGUUUAUGCCUGCUGAAGUGAAGGUUUUUCCUACAACACCAUUACACACAAGGAAAGAAAAAGAAGAUUGAAGAAGGUGGAAGAACUCAUCCCUUCUUAAGGGCCUUAAUUAUGAUCUCACGAAAGCCAUAACCUUCACAGUAACUGAAGUUACGGUAAACUGCAGUUGGAUUAGUGGCUCUGUCUGGAACAUGGAUGCUUUUGAGGGUCUCCACAGUGUCCAGCUGUCCUCCUCUCCGCCUGCCUCUGCCUGCAACCCUGGGUAUGAAGUACUAGUCUCAGCUGGGUCUGGUGUCCAGGUGUACUCCAACGCUACGUUCUAUGGAAAACCCAGUGUUCUGGAGCAUACACAACGGAGAGGGAGAGAUAAAUAUCCCUCCUACCGAGAGGAGAGGUGUGAGGUUGGAAGGUUGGUAGACCUGGAGCCCGGUCCGAGCCCCCGGGUGGACGGCGGUGGGCCGGCUGACCCAGGUUUCACCAGGCCCCAGGAGGGAGCUGUUGCCCAGGCCCGGCGCCGGGAGGGCAGCAGGCUGGAGGGUGCUACCCAGGGCGGGGAGCAUGAGGACAACGUGUCCCGCCUCCGGAGCUCUUCCCUGGAGAUCAGAGAGAAGGGAUCAGAGAUCCUACGGGAACAACUGGAUGCUGCACAGAAGGAGCUGAAGCUGAAGGAUAAGGAGUGUGAGCGUCUGUCGCAGGUCAGAGAUCAGCUGGAGCAAGAGCUGGAAGAGCUCACUGCCAGUCUAUUUGAGGAAGCUCACAAGAUGGUGCGGGAAGCCAACGUGAAACAAGCCGCAGCAGAGAAGCAGCUGAAGGAGGCUCAGGGCAAGAUUGAUGUCCUUCAGGCGGAGGUGUCAGCCCUGAAGACCAUGGUCCUAACCUCCACCCCGUCUUCCCCCAAUCGCCAGGCCCACCCUCAGCUCCUCUCCCCGGGCACCAGGUCCAAGGGGGCCAGCCCCCGCCAUGGAGGAGGACACACGCGCAACAAGAGCGCCAGCUGGGCCUUGCCAUUGGCCCCUGGUGGGAACUUAGACCUGCACUCCCUGCAGCCAGUCAGAGAGGACAAAGAGCCUACGGUUCCUGCGCUCCUCUCUCUGAUUUUGUGUCUGGUUCCGGGCCACUCGAUCUCUGUGACCUAUGAACCCUACUGGGCAGAGAAGGGGGAGGGGCCACGCUCUCUCAGCCGACAGAUGGACAACGUGCUGUAUGCAGAGUUCCUGACCUGGAAAGACAGACCUAGUCUGGACAGAACGUCAGCCUUCCUGGGCCGUAUCUACAGAGAGGACAUCGGCCCCUGUCUCUCCUUCACCAAAUCUGAGUUGUCUCAGUCGGUGCAGAAUGCAGUGGAGAACAACUCGCUGACCAUCGAACCGGUGGCCGUGUCUGCUUUACCCAUGGUCAAAGCCAACGCCAUAGAGUGUGGCGGGCCCAAUGGCCUGAGAGCAGCAGUAGAGACGAAGUGUGCGUUGAGCGGCAUGUCCCGGUCCUGUAAGCACCGCAUCAAACUUGGAGACAGAGAGAGUUACUACCACAUCUCUCCCUCCAGCAGGGCACGGAUUACAGCGGUGUGUAAUUUCUUCACCUAUAUCCGCUACAUACAGCAGGGCCUGGUCAGACAUGAUGCGGAACAGAUGUUCUGGGAAGUGACACGUCUACGGCGGGAGAUGACUGUGGCCAAGCUGGGCUUCUACCUCACAGACACAGACCAGGGAUAGAAGACAGACAAGAGGAGACGUCACCGUUAGCCCUGGGUCAUGUUCAUUAGGGCACACCGUAGCAACAAAAAAAAACGUUGUGCUCGACAGACCGUUUUUUUUUGCAAGCGCUUCGUAUUGGACAAGUUCAAGAUAUUAUCACCCGUUUAGGGACACUUUCUUCUGUUUUCAUGCCUACUGAACACGACCCUGGGCUUAGAAAGACAAGAGCUACCAAUCAGCUGUACAGAGACACAAGAUCACCAGUACCCUUUUUACACUGUCCUGAUAAUCCAACCCAAAAACAAACUGGGCUGGUUUGGCUCAGUAGUGUGAAAAGUCCUCAGCUGGACACAGUGAACACAGAAACCAGAUCACUGAUCUUAUUGAGUAGGGGAGCGAUUUUCAAGUGUGUCUGACGAGGGAAGCAGAAAUGCUACAGCUAAUAUGACACCACUUAGCAAUUAGAUUAGUGUCGUAACAAAUCAGCCCGAUCUGGCGAGCUACACGGUAGCGGAAAAAAACAUUUGUAGCAAAACAGAAUGUAAGCUUGUGAGAUCAGUAUAGUUCGUACGAUGCUAGCAGUUAGAGCUAUGUGCUUUAUAAACUAGCACAAUAUUAUAACACAACCACAAAGACAUGCAAUGAAUAGCAUCUUUUAAAAGGACAGUAGCGUAUAUGUGAAAACGUAUCAAUAUACCAUAGAAACUCUUGUUAUUACUACGUAAAAUUGACAAGUGGUUACACAGCUGAUCUUAGUUGGCACAGAUUGAAACUAUAUACGCAUGUGUCAUGCUGCCACGGAAACACUAACAUGGGUUGAAUCCUAACUGGUCAGGUUAAUCACGCAGAUGUUUUUAAGUUGGAGUUCUGACCAAUAGAGAACUAUGCUGCUCACUUUUCAUUCUAACAGCUGUCAUGUGGUACCUGUGUACUAGUCCUGCAUGUUGUCUCAUCUCCUCUCACCUUAACAACCAGACUACGUACGUGAUGUCGUCGUCUCCUCUCACCUUAACAACCAGACCUACGUACGUGUCGUCGUCUUCUCUCACCUUAACAACCAGACUACGUACGUGUCGUCGUCUCCUCUCACCUUAACAACCAGACUACGUACGUGUUGUCGUCUCCUCACCUUAACAACCAGACUACGUACGUGUUGUCGUCUCCUCUCACCUUAACAACCAGACUACGUACGUGUUGUCGUCGUCUCCUCUCACCUUAACAACCAGACUAUGUACGUGAUGUCGUCGUCUCCUCUCACCUUAACAACCAGACCUACGUACGUGUCGUCGUCUCCUCUCACCUAAACCAGACUACGUACGUGUUGUCGUCUCCUCACCUUAACAACCAGACUACCUACGUGUCGUCGUCUCCUCUCACCUUAACAACCAGACUACGUACGUGUUGUCGUCUCCUCUCACCUUAACAACCAGACUACCUACGUGUUGUCGUCUCCUCUCACCUUAACAACCAGACUACCUACGUGUUGUCGUCGUCUCCUCUCACCUUAACAACCAGACUACGUACGUGUUGUCGUCUCCUCUCACCUUAACAACCAGACUACGUACGUGUUGUCGUCUCCUCACCUUAACAACCAGACUACCUACGUGUCGUCGUCUCCUCUCACCUUAACAACCAGACUACGUACGUGUCGUCGUCUCCUCUCACCUUAACAACCAGACUACCUACGUGUUGUCGUCUCCUCACCUUAACAACCAGACUACCUACGUGUCGUCGUCUCCUCUCACCUUAACAACCAGACUACGUACAUGUUGUCGUCGUCUCCUCUCACCUUAACAACCAGGCUACGUACGUGUUGUCGUCUCCUCUCACCUUAACAACCAGACUACCUACGUGUUGUCGUCUCCUCUCACCUUAACAACCAGACUACGUACGUGUUGUCGUCUCCUCUCACCUUAACCAGACUACGUACGUGAUGUGUCGUCUCCUCUCACCUUAACAACCAGACUACCUACGUGUUGUUGUCUCCUCUCACCAUAACAACCAGACUACGUACGUGUUGUCGUCUCCUCUCACCUUAACAACCAGACUACGUACGUGUUGUCUCCUCUCACCUUAACAACCAGACUACGUACGUGUUGUUGUCUCCUCUCACCUUAACCAGACUACGUACGUGUUGUUGUCUCCUCUCACCUUAACAACCAGACUACGUACGUGUUGUCGUCUCCUCUCACCUUAACAACCAAACCACCCAUUACGUUGCCUUAACCUUGAUAGAUUCUUGCACUACGUUGUAAAUGCCUUGCAUGGCUUAUAUAGGAACCUCGACUGAGAAUGGGUUAUGGAAGGGAAAUAUUCACUCAGUGUGGAUUUAAAAAUAAAACAAAAUAAUACAAAAUAGCUGAGUCUGUUUUAGUACAAACCAGUUCAGAAGUAGUGUGUGUUGCAGGUACACAAAGUAAAAGCAGUGAUCUGAAAUAUCCUCGUCUUCACUCUGGAUACUGUGACCGCUUAGCAACGACUAUCCUAGAAAUUAAGAAUACAGUUUUAACAUAACAGAGUUAUGAACCAAUCAUAGAUGACUAAGCAAUACGUUUUUUUUAUUUUUGUUUUCUUCUUCCUCCUUCCUGAUACCACCAAUUUUUAUUCACAGCUUUAAAAUAACUGUAGUUUUGGGAGAGAAAACAGUUGUAAAUGAUUGCAGUAUGUUAUGCUCAACCUUAGUUGUAAAUUGCACUCCUGUAAAAUGUUAUUGAAAUUGCACUCCAGGUUGUGUAUGAUAAAUGAUGUUUAAAGCCAAUACGUGACCAUGAAUUGUGUCGCUUUGCGUGGAUACAUAGCCAAUAGUGUGUACAGGGGGUGUGUUUGUGUUCUACAACUCUAAAACACUAUAGUGUUGAUAUUAGCCAUAUCCUGCAUGAAAAUAUAUUUAUGAAACUUUUAAAUGAAGAAUAUCGGAAGUCUGAAAGUGCAAUUAAAGCUUCGUUCUUACAGCCGC